CAAAAUGGAUGCGCCCAUAUGUAAAGUAAAGCCGUGGCGGGGGAGGGCUACCUAAAGAAAGUUGCAAAGGGAGGUAUGUGGACAGUGGAAGGGACCCAGCCCCAAGUAAAAUCGCAGUUCAUGAAACAGAUUAUUCCAUGACUUUUAAAGUAACUCUUGAUCACGGACUUCUUACCAAAAAACAACGUCACAUAAAUUGAGUUUAAGCCAGGACUGCAGAGAAAACUAAGUGGAAGAUUGAAUGAAAUGGCACCACCCAUAUCGGCAUCCCGAGCUCCCAUCAUGCACCUGCUUCGAAGUCGUACUCCAUCAUCCAUCGUGACCGCUCCACUGUGUAGAUACCAUCGACGGUUCUAUGGUAGGUUAGUGCUCGGUAUUGAGACGACGUGUGAUGACACUGGAGCUGCAGUCAUGGAUGAUUCGGGAAAGAUACUUGCAGAAAGACUUCAUACUCAGAAGAGGAUUCAUGCCAAAAAUGGGGGUAUCAUCCCUCCUCUGGCUCAGGAUCUUCACCGACAGUUCAUUGACCCCGUUGUUCAAGGUACUAUCAAGGAUGCUGGGAUAGAGGCUAAGGACUUAUCAGCAGUAGCCUUAAGUACCAUGCCUGGCAUGCCUCUCUCAUUGUGGGUUGGUUUACAGUACACUAAGGAUAUGCUGCUUCGUCAUCCCCAUCUUCCACUUAUCCCAAUCAAUCAUAUGGAGGCUCACGCCCUUACAGUGAGAAUGAUAGAAAGAGUAGACUUUCCCUUUUUGGUGCUACUUGUUUCUGGUGGUAACUGCAUCCUGGCUGUAGCUCAAGGAGUAGGAGACUUCAAGGUUCUUGGUGUGACACUGGAUGACGCUCCAGGAGAGGCAUUUGAUAAGGUUGCUAGACGCCUGAAGCUUCAGCACCACCCAGACUGCCUCGGAUUGAGCGGAGGACAAGCGAUAGAGAAGAUGGCCGAGAACGGCAACAUCAGGCUAUUGAUGGAACGAGGGGUCCCCAUGAGCCAUCAUAGAAAUUGUAACUUCUCCUUUGCCGGUCUCAAGAACAUGGCAAACUGGCUUAUACAGCAUCAUGAGGUUAGACAAGGUCUGUCCGUCUCUGAAGACGAUCAUCUCGACACCGUUCAUGACAUAGCGGCAUCCUUUCAGCACAAGUUAACGCAGCACCUGAUCAUACGGAUCGCUCGGGCCAUGCUCUAUUCCCAGCAGACCGGUCUCAUCCCAGAAGAGAACCAGACACUGGUUGUUUCGGGAGGAGUUGCUAGCAACAAGUACAUUCGCAAGGCCCUAGACUUCACCGCCAGUCACUUCAAGUACAAACUGAUCUGCCCUCCUCCGCACCUGUGCACAGACAAUGGAGUCAUGAUUGCUUGGGCUGGGGUAGAAAGACUAAGACUAGGCAUGGGCUUUGCUGAUGAUCCUCAGUCUGUCAGAUUCCAACCAAAGAUGCCCCUUGGUGAAGAUAUUUCAGACCAGGUGAGGGAAGCAAACAUCAAAGUAAAAAGAAUUAAGUUUUGGUGAAGAGAAUGGAAGGAUCUACAUCAAGACUGGAAUAGAGCCAAGUCAAGGCUUCUAAUUCAAAGAAUUGUCACGGCCUUACUCGCUAAAGCUUGCUUUGGUUUCAAGUUUAGGUGAAAAAAUGUGUGCAAUCUCCAGCAGAACAGGAAAUAGUGACAAGUUAAGGCUGCCGAUGCUGCUAAUUCUAAGAACUGUCCAAGGCCCUGUAUGCGAAAACUUGCUGAAAAGGUCAAGUCCCCCUCAGAAAAAUGUUGAUUUGAAUCAAUAGAGAAAAAUCAGACAAGCACAAUGCUGAAAAUUUCAU